AUGUGUCCUGUGUCCCCCACUCAAAAUCCUCAAAUAUCCAUACUUACUCAUCCAUUAGAUCUCAAUCAGGAAAUUGUAGUUCCCCCCCCAAAUUAUCGUCCCGAAAUUACAAUUAGCCUCUUUAAUAAUGAACAAACAGCUCUUCUGGAUUCCGGUGCAUCUGUAUCGGCAAUCUCAGAAGACCUAUUCCAAAUUUUAAAUAUCAAUCCCAAACAACACAAGAUACCCCUGUUUCCACUCACAAAUAUACUACUCACUACAGCACUCAGUAACAAAACCGUUAAAAUUAAAACUCAAAUAUAUCUCACCUUCUCAAUAAAAAAUUAUGAAACCCAUGGCAUCUUUCUCAUAGUCCCACAGCUUUCAACUCCUCUUAUCCUAGGAACUGACUGGUUGUUAGAGAAUGGUGUGACCAUAGAUUAUAACAAAAAAGAAAUCUCUAUUAUCACUGUCCAGGACAAAAUACCUUUUGGUUUAAUUGAAGAUCAUGAUCCCAACAGUUUUGUUAAUGCGUUGAAAACUGUCAAUAUCUCUGAGGGUUCUUCGUAUAUGCACGAACACCCUUCAAAUAGUGUAUAUGAAUCUCUCCCCUUCGCGACAGAAAAUAAUAUAGCUCUCAAUGAUAUACCACUCACUACUCAUCAACAAAAUUUAAUGACUUCUUUAAUACAAAAAUAUCAACCUAUAUUUCAAGAUAGACCCGGCCUUCAUCACUUUUUCUCUUAUAAAUUUAAUGUAAAACCUCACGAACCAUACAAAAUAAAACCGUAUCCCGUCCCGUUUUCUCGUCGUCCUGCUGUGCAGAAAGAAAUAGAUAAAAUGAUUCAGUGGGGGGUGAUCGAGAGAUCAGAUUCACCGUAUAACAACCCGUUAGUUACUGUUAUUAAAACCGACGGCUCUAUACGAUUAUGUCUUGAUGCACGUAAGCUAAACACUAUUAUAUUACCCACACGAGAUGCGUCCCCUCCCAUAGACGAUAUACUAGCAAAGUUCAAUGAUAAAUGUUUUUUCUCCUCGCUAGAUUUUUCCUCUGGUUAUUGGCAAAUCCCGUUAGACCCCGAGGUACGACAAUAUACUAGCUUUUUAUAUGAUGGGCGUUCAUAUCAAUUUUGUGUUGUCCCCUUUGGUUUAAAUAUUUCAAAUGCUGCGUUUGGGAAAGGCCUCGAAGCCGCACUGAACAAUUAUUCUCAACAAUGUCCAUUCCCAAAUGAUAUUCAUACCUAUGUUGAUGACAUUUUAUUAUCAUCUUCAUCUUUUGAAAACCAUAUUAUUACCUUAGAGUGGAUUUUCCACAAAAUAUCAUUAGCAGGUUUAACUCUCAAACUUAAAAAAUGUCAUUUCAAUAAACAACAAAUUAAAUUCUUAGGUCAUUUCAUAUCUCCUCAAGGUAUGGUAAUGGACCCUGACAAGGUCAAAGCUCUCCAAAACUUUCCUGAACCUCGCAAUAAAAAAGACCUUCAGUCAUUCUUCGGGUUCUGUAAUUUUUAUCGUAAAGUCUCUCAAAAUCAUUCGUCACUUUUACACCCUCUUUCUCAUUUAAUACAAAAAGAUACCCCCUGGACUUUUACAGCACAAAAUAAGAUUGAUUUCCAAAAAAUUAAAACUGCCUUUUCUCUUCAGAUCUCACUUACUCAUCCCAACUUCAAUAUACCCUUUUGUAUACAGACCGACACGUCCUACAUCGGACUUGGUGCUGAAUUAUUCCAAAUUGAUAAAAAUGGUCAAAGAAACACCCUCUCAUUCGCCAGUCGGUCACUGUGUGGUGCCGAAAGAAACUACACCGUGACUGAACUCGAACUUCUCGGUAUCUUAUUCGCUUGCCAGAAGUUUAAAAUAUAUAUCCUUGGGUAUCCCAUCAACUUAUAUACAGAUCAUAAGGCCCUGACAUUUUUAUUCUCAUGCAAACUGAAAAACAGUCGCCUCACACGGUGGACCCUUGCUUUGCAAGAAUUCGAUUUGAAAAUUUAUUAUUGUGCUGGAAAAGACAACCCCAUAGAUACUCUCUCACGCCAUCCACUCGGUAGAGAUGAGCAACCCCCGAGAGAUACCCCAGUUAUACUACACUAUACCUUACCUCCACCAAUUCCCCCAGAUAUUGAGACCCUUUUCAAAAACAUUUCAUAUGAACAACAGAAAGACCCAAAACUAGUCAAGAUAACGUCACUAUUAAAAGCCAAUCCGGUACCCGUGUGGCACGACUAUUAUAUUAUCAAGAACGAGACGUUAUUCAUUCAAAAGUACAAAAGCGAACCUCAGUGGUCUAUAUACUUACCUAGCCAUUUAGUACAACAAGUUGUAACAUUUUUUCAUGAUUAUUAUGCCCACAUUGGCCCACUCAAGACUGCUCAAGCGUUGAGGAAUAUUUGUUAUUUCCCAUCUUUCAAUAAAACUGUUCGGUUGAUCGUGCAAGCAUGUGACAUAUGUCAAAAAUGCAAACCGAAAACCACCCAAAUAGCCGGUCCAAUGCAGUCCAUACUCUCCACCAAACCCCUUCAGAAGUUACUCGUCGAUUUCUAUGGUCCCCUCCCUGUAGGUGUCUUCCAAUUCUCUUAUAUUUUUGUGGUAGUCGACAAUUUCACACGCUUUAUUAAACUGUACCCGUUAAGGCGCGCCAACGCGAAAAUCUGUAUAAAGAAGUUAACUACCGACUAUUUCCCUAAUUUUGGUGUUCCGAAAAAUAUUGUGUCCGACCACGGUCGCCAGUUUGUCAGUAAGCACUGGCAAACUACUCUGAGGAAAUAUAAUAUUAACGUAUCCCACACCAGUGUCUAUCACCCUCAGUCGAACCCUGCCGAGCGGGUAAUGAGAGAGUUAGGCAGAAUGUUCCGCACCUAUUGUCACCAACAACAUUCUACAUGGCCUCAAUAUGUCCCGUAUAUCGAAUGGACCCUUAACAACGUACGACAUGAGUCGACCCAUCAAACUCCCUCGGAGCUAUUUCUGAAUAAAUCUAAAUAUAAUCCCCUCGUUCAGUGCAUACAGUUCCCCUACAACGAUCCCCCCUUAGAUUACAAUAAAAAAUUAAUAUUAGCCCAAGACAUUCAAUUAUCCAAAGCCGAAGCCAGAAAGAAAGCCCAAGCAACGCGUUUAAACCCCACAUUAUUCAAAGUAGGCGAUAUGGUCCUGGUUCGCACUCACAAGUUAAGCAACUUGGUAGAAAAAAAAAUUUCUAAAUUCUUCCUGUUAUAUGAUGGCCCUUUCAAAAUUACAAAUAUUAAAACUACUAAUGCCUAUGAGGUAGCCCACCCUGAUGAUGGUACACCCAAAGGCACUCACAAUGUUAUUCAUUUAAAACCCUAUAUACCACCUACACAGUAA